GGUAGUUCUCUAAGUGUGAAACACUCAUCUCUAACGUGAACGUGGAAGAGACUGGAACGAAAAACACACGUCAAAAUUCUUAACACUAGGUCCAAAAACAAAAUAAUAAAGUUUUUAAAUGCACUUGAUCUAAAUUUAAAGGGGUUUAUUGAAAGGUUUGUACAACAAGCAGUCCACGCUCAGCUUCAACUGCCAAGUAGCAUUACUGCUGACUGAAAUUGCACAGCAAUAAAAUAUCAGGCGCAGGCAAAGGCGAAGCCAGCCACGAAAACAAUUUACAAUCCAUAAUAAAGUAAAAAGGUAAAUUAGUGCAGCGUACCAAUACCAUGUCAAACAAUGCAGUGGGACCCACGAAACAAGAAAUCGAGGCUGUGUUUAGUCGCCUGCGGGCGCAACCAGCUAAUAAGUCAUGCUUUGAUUGUGCCACAAAGGCACCUACAUGGUCAUCUGUCACGUAUGGCAUUUUCAUAUGCAUAGACUGCUCGGCCGUGCAUCGCAAUCUCGGCGUACAUUUGACCUUUGUGCGGAGCACUAAUUUGGACACCAACUGGACCUGGUUGCAGCUUCGGCAAAUGCAACUGGGUGGAAAUGCAAAUGCUGCUCAAUUCUUCCGCGCCCACAAUUGCAGCAGUAGCGACGCCCAAGUCAAAUACAACUCGAGGGCGGCUCAACUGUACAGGGACAAAUUGGCAGCGCUUGCCCAGCAGGCGAUGAAGGUGCACGGCACCAAGCUACACUUGGACCCGGCGGCGGAUAAAAACGAAGGCAAUGAGGCCGGCAGGGAGGACCAGGAGGAGGAAGACUUCUUUGCCCAAUGCAACAACAACAACGCCAAUGCGUACUCGGAGAACAAUAACAUUAGAAACACGGCCAACAAUGUGAAGUUGGACGCCAAGCCUGCUGCAGGACCUAACACAAACAUUGCAACUGGCGAGCCCAGCGUAGAUCUACUGAAUGCAGUUGUGCCGCCUUCAGCGAUGCCCUCGUCCAUAGGUGUACGGAAGAUACAGCCAAAGAAGGGAGGACUGGGCGCACGCAAAGUUGGAGGGUUGGGUGCGACGAAGGUAACCACGAACUUUGCGGAUAUUGAGGCGCGUGCCAAUGCAGCAAAUGAGAGUAAAACAGCCGCAGCUACUUCUGGAUCCAUUGAGAAGACCCAAACCGCAGAGGAGGAGAUGGAAACUGUAGCUAGCAUGCGUUUGGCAUAUCAAGACCUGUCGCUUCAAAAGACACGAGAGGAAGCUAAGUUAAAGAGCAUCGAUCCCGCCAAGGCGAAACAAAUGGAGAGGUUGGGUAUGGGCUUUAGCUUGAGGGGCUCUGACGUGGCGCACUCCGCUUUAAGUGACAUGGAAACCAUUCAGCAGUCAGCUGCUCCUAAAGCCAGCACUCAGAGCAAACUGGCUGCACUGGAAAAUGACAACUUUUUUAAUGAUCAUUCUCUGAAUUUGUACGGAGGCGGUGGCGAUAAAAAGGAGAGCACCAACACCGCCAGCAAGUUGGACAAAUUCGAAUUGGAUGCGUUGGGUUAUGAGACAAUUGAGCCCAUUGGAACAACGCAUAGUAACAUUACGUCCAUGUUUUCCGCCAAUAAUGACUACGACAAGCCCAAUCCAAGGAGCACCGCAGCAGCUCCCAACAAGAGUAAAAGCAAAAGCAUUAACCCUAAUGAUCCCGUUGUGGCACAGCAAAAGUUCGGCAACUCUAAGGGAUUUGGCUCCGAUCAGUACUUUGCAAGCGAGCAAUCCUCGGCGGAUAUCAGCGCCAAUCUAAAUCGUUUCCAGGGCUCGCGUGCAAUAUCUUCCUCUGAUUACUUCGGGGAUGGCACCCAAGGUGGUAGCAUGAGCAAUCGUGGCAGUGCUGGCUAUGCGACUGGGGUGAACUUCAAUGCACCGGAUCUGGACGAUGUAAAGGAGAGUGUGCGUCAGGGCGUGCACAAGGUGGCCGGACGGCUCAGCAACUUGGCCAACGAUGUCAUGACUUCACUGCAAGACAAAUAUGGUUACUGAUAGAGCAACAACAGCAAUACCACUCGGAGUUAAUCAUUACGUUUUAUAUAUAAAUCACUCCAAUUUAGUAAUAUACCUAAAAAGUUAUAAAUAA